CCUUUGGCGCCGGCUCUGUAUCAUUUACUAAAUAAAAAUAACUCUGUUUGAGUAAAAAUGAAAACAGUUGUAGCUCCUGAUCACACCAUAUCGCUUAACGACACAAUAAGCUGCUAUGAUAUCUGUGGCAACGACUUUGCCUACAAUUUAAUAUGUGUAGCGCUAAAACGAAGUGUCUCAUUCAUUUUAGUUUCUUUGCCGGAGGAGACUGGCGAGUUCGCGUGGAAACAGAUCCAGGAGUUGACGACAGAUUUUGUAGGUUGUCGAGCGUUGACCUUUUCGCCGGAUACUUCUCUUAACUGCACGCCCAACAAGGUGACAGUAUGUUUCGCUAUGGGACAACGAGAUAUUAGGCUAUACCACACGGACUUCAAUCAGUAUAGCAGUGUGAGUAACCUGGAAGGACAUAAGGACUUUGUCAACGAUAUCGCUUGGGUUUGUGAGGGCGAGUUGCUAGCUUCUGUCAGCGAUGACUUUACGUGCAGAUUCUGGACCAUCACAGGCAAUCCAGAGAAUGUGAUAACGUUUUGUCUAAGCUCAGCUGGCAUGGCCGUCAAAAGUCACCCAGAAGAUCCAAACAAAGUAUUAGUGGCUGAGAAGCGAGGCAUUAUACAUUUGUAUAAUGUGCGCAGCAAGCAAACAGUUGUCUCCGUGGAAUCCCCAAAGUUUCCUCUCAUGUCUGCGGAUUGGGCGAACAGCAAUCGACUGUUCAUAACUGCAUUGGCGGGCGGAGAUAUUAUUACUUGGGAUCUGAGCCGUCGCUUUGUACCAGUCGAUGUCAAACAAGUGCAUGAGGAUGGAGGGCGUGCUGUGAAAUUUUCGCCUAGCAAUUCGGAAGUUGUAAUUGCCAGCAUUGGGCGUCCUGAUAUUACUCUCAAAAUUUUUCCCGCCAAGUCAAAUGUGCCCAUAAUGGAGGCGCCCUUGAAGUCCUACGGAGGGUUGUGCUGGCAUCAACGUUUGCCAUACGUAACUGCAGCAUCUGAUAGAAAUUUGUUUUUCUGGAAAGUGCAUAUGAAAUAAUCAUUGUAAAUAGCAACAAUAAUAAAAAAAUAUAUAUAAAA